AUGAACAUACUAGAGAUCAAAGUUGUUGCUGGAUUUAUUAAUUACAAGGUUUGUGUUUUUUUAUAUUUUAGAACUCUAGUCUAUUUAUGUUUGCUGUAUACCAUUGUAAUAAUAGUUACAUAAAAGAUAUGCUAUGAAGAAGACAUCCUACAUCUUGGAUGAGUUAAAGAUUAUACAUGAUCUCUUAUUACAUUUACAUUUUUGCAAUUAUUUACUCAUUUUCUCAAAAAUGCAAGGUAAUUUUUUUUACCAGAUACUUAAAUUGUGCAGUACUCAGGUGUACAGUCAAGUAGCUCUUGAGUGGGCACUUGAGGGAGGUGGCCAUUUAAGUUUAUUUUAAAAAAAUAUAAUCAGCAAGUUUUGAGUGAACUAUGGUAGAGUAGUUACUGGUAGUUAUUCAUUCUUGGAAUCAGUUCUAUAUCAUAGAAUGUGUAGCUUACAAUGUCUAUGAAACAUUACUUAUCUCUCUCUGAUUUUAUAACAAACCUGUUGGUGACUGCUUACUAGAAACACAGUACAAAAAAAUGUGUCCAACAUUUUCUCAUAUGGUCACUUACAGGAGUGUUUUGGAAACAGUGACAAACAGAAACAAAUUUAAAUGGUUAUUGACAGUCAGAGUAGUCACAAAAAAACCAAAUAUGUUUGAAAAAAAUUUGAUGCUAAAUUUAGAUUCAGUGAUAUUGGAAGUUAAAUGUCCUAUGGGACCAUUAUAUUGGGAUGAUUUAUUUCCCUCCUUUGACAUAUAUUACAAAGACUUUUGAGUUAUCCUGACAAUGGAACAACAUUGAUCAAUUUGUAUUAAUCAUCUCACAGAUUUGUCGUCAUCAGCCCCAUUAGAUGCCAUAUCACAAUUCAGAAAGCAUGUGGAUUUGUUUAAGGAAAAGGUUGGCUGCCCUGACUUAGCCUUUGAACACUCAGCCUGGCUCUCCAAACAGUGAGUAUUUUUUCUGUUUAGCCUCCUCACUCUUAACUGGAAGGUCUGCAUUCAGUUUGUUUUUUGGGCACUUACAUAUGUACAGCUAAAGUACCUCCCUCCAUCCCAGAGUUUAAAUAAGUAUUGGCCAAUUAUGAAGGGAAUUUGAUAAAAAUGCUGGGGGGUGGGGGUUGGGGGUAAUCUACCAGACCUAUAUGUAGCAUCAAAUCCAGAGAGAGAACUUUUAGUCUCUUUAUGCUACAGAAACCAUGACAAGCUUUGAUGUGGUGAGUCCUCUUUGGUUUGUGUUCUAGAAGGUUUUUGCUUUCAAAGAAACUCAAGCUGUAACCAGGAUCUAGCAACUCUUGUUUCUGAACAACAUUAGAUCAAGAACAGGUCAAGUUGAAGUGAAAUUUUUAACUGAACUUUUCAACAUAAUGGAACCGAAGUGAUGAAAAACAGGAGACUUUUAAAUAAUUUGUUAGUCAGUUCAAUGACAAUUAUUGUCAAAUUUAAUACAACAUGUUGUAUGGUAGGGAAUUAUAGAGGCUUAAUCAAUAACAAACUAUGUGAAAAAUUAAUACAGGUUCAGUUUAUUUGGAGAACUGUUUGAUGAAGCCAUCAGAAAUGGUUUAACCGCCUUACAGGUAACAAUGUAGAAGAUCUGUGUUGGCAUAUUGGUUCAAUGAAUGAAAUAUUUAUUUAUUAAAUCUACAAACAACAAUACAUCUGUAAGAAGAGAAAGAAAUUCUUACUAAUUAUGUUACUAAGUAUUCUGAAUUGGUAUUUAGAAUAAAGAAAAAUUGUCUCCCAUUAUGCUAUAUCUCUUAUGAUAAUUGUAUGCAAUAUAAUGGAGUGUUUUUCUGUUUUAAAGGUACUUUUUUGUCAUCUCUUAACAAUCAUGAUGAUCUUUUCUCCCCUAAUUAAAUUUUGGCUAUAAAUAGAGAGAGGCACCUUAAUAAAUAGGAUUGAUGUAAAUGUGCCUGAACAAAUCUGGUCUAGUGACUGAUUAGAGUGUCCAAAUCAGUCAUACUCUCAGAUUCUGGUAAAGACUUAACUGUUACUUUAUCACAGACUCAACACCCAGGAUUUUACUAUCAACAAGCAGCAAACAAUGCCAUUGUCAGGAGACAGCUUUGCCAGGGCUUGUGUCAUGUAAGUAAAAUUAUUAUCAUGCCAGAGGAUUGCUGAGAACGAUCUGAAGGAACAGAGACAGACACAAACUCAAAGGAGCAAUAUUUUUCCUAUUGAAAAUGACCAUUUUUUUAUCAUAAGUUGACACUUACCAAUAUAAAUUUGAAGACUAGAACUGUCUGACUUAGGUAAUUUUGAAGUACAAAUUAUUUCUGAAGAACUUUUCCUGGAGGGCCUUACUCAGAUAAAUUGGGCUACAUACUUGUACACAUGAGUGGACAUAGCUACAAUGGAGGUCAAAGCUUGUUCGGACAGUUAUCAAAAACAUAUCCUAUAUCCCAACAUAUUACAAAAGGCCAUCUUUUGCCAAUUCAGCUGUGUACACAGAACUCCCCCCUCUAACAAUGUUGGUAAAGCCUAAGUUUAGGCACUAAACCUGGUAACAUUUACAAAGCACACAAAAUUUGAAAUUGUUUGGGGGAGGGGUAGGGAAGGUUUUGAUAUAAGUAAUAUUGCCUUAGACUUUAAACCACCCUUGUAGUGUGGGAUAAUGUUGAAUGUAAACUAGUGGCAAGAAAGGGUCAUAGAUUCCCUUCAAAGUACACCUAACCAAAAACUAAUUAACUACCACUCAAAAGGGUCAUUUGUUUUCUGCAUAUAAUUAACUUUUAUUGUUCAUUGAGUCUGAUGAGUUACUUUUUAGUUAAUACAUUGGAAUCUGUUAUUAAUUCGUCUCUAGACUACCACUCCAAUUACUAUGAAUCCAUUAGAAAAUGCUGGAAAUCUCGACUUCUAUGGUCAGAGACCUUGGAGACAAGGUUUUCAAGGUAACUGCAAAUAUAUAAUUUUUUCCUCUUGCAGUGUUUUUUAGAGUAAGUACAAAAGGUGUUGAGACACUCAGUAAGUUUCCUUUGCAAACCAUGUACUGGUUGAAAAGCUCAGUGUUAGAAUUUUGUUCCAUUUGAUAAGAGAAAACUUUUCGUGUAUUAAAAACACUCUGUCAGAAGAAAAAUCUUAAAACUUUUUUUUCAAGCUUAUUUGAAACUUGAUCUGUUGAGAUGCAAUACUUUCCUUUAAUUUGUAGAACUGCUGGGUUCAUUUGACUUAAUAUAUUUGUAGGAACAGAACCACCAGAUGCAGGAAUAGAGAAGGCUGGAAUUAUAGCCUUGCAGUCCCAAGAAAUCCAAGUGGACCAUUCUGUAAGUGCACUGUAUUGUUUGGCAGACUUUCAUUUCAAGAAAAUUAAGAUCAGAUAAGUGUCAGGGAGAAGUCAUGGUGACAAAUUAAGUUUAAAUGCAAGAUUAAUAUGACUGUAAAUUUUUGGUUGUGCACAAUUGCAUCAAUGAGCUUUCUAGCCAAACCAAAGCAAUUAUGAAUUUGAAAUCCUAAUUGCCAGUAUUACAUAAUACCUUGUUAGCAAAUACUCUUACCAUCAAUCUCUUUAUUUAUGCUAACCUACUUUGUAUAUUUGGUUGAGGUACUUAGAAUAUUGGCUCCUUUUUUUUUUUUCUCGCAGUGGGUUAUCAUUCCCCUUCUCAGUAGUGCAGUGGCUCAGUUUAAAAAGUACAAAUCACCCAGGAUGAAGAGAUACCUGAGUAAGUUCUCUCUUUUUUAACUUUAACCCUUGAAACCCUAAGAGUGACCAGCAUCAAAUUUCUCCCCACAAUAUCAGCCCUGAAUCACAUGUUAAGGUCAUGAGAAUAAAGGAAAUGAUCACCAACCAAAGAGGCUUUUGAUUGGUGAACAAAAUCUCCUUGUCAGCACCUUAGGAAAUGUAUAAAGAACAGUAUGGAGAAUAUAUAGACUGAUUUUAGAGUAUAAAGGGUUAAGAACUUAGCAAGAUGCAACUAAAAGCUUUUGUUUCUUCAUGACAAUGUACAUGUAGUGCUUUUAAAAGUGACCAAAGUCAAGACAGACGAAUUUGCACUCGUGCUACACGAGAAUGCACUCGUUUUUAGCCAAUCAGAAGUGCGUAAUUUUUGCAUGUACAUUAUUAACGUUCUAAUAUCAUGAGAAAAGAGAGACCGCUGAGCAGUACCUGUACGACAAAAGAGAACUUUAAGUUUAUCAUUAUGUCUUGUGGUGUGGUUGUGAACAUGAGAACGUUUCGUGAUGAUUAUAACCUGACAGAAACUAUUUCCUGUUAAUUCUGCAGUGGUUCAGAUGGGUGAGGAGUAUUACCACGCCAGGGAUUACAGUAAAGCUUUAUUGUGAGUAAAGCAGUAGAGAAAGUUUCAGUUUAGAAUCAGUAGUGGUCGAGUAUUGUACCAUAGGCAGACCAGGCCGUUUGAAGCGUUUUUUUUAAGAAAUUACUUUCGGCCGGAGGCCAUUAUGAGAAAGUUAUUUCGUAAAAAGGCGCCAACAUACCACAAAAUGAGUUGAAUUACAUUUCAUUUAACUUUAUGGAGAAAGUCAGACCGAGAUGUAAUUUAGGUAUGCAUUUUUCAGGGCUUUAUUCAUAACCCUCGUGGAGACUGGGUCCGCUCAAGGGGAGGGUGGAUUGUAUCUUCUUCCAGCAAAGACCAAAGUCAUACCAUUUCAACUAGUGCCCCAGCCUGAGGAUGUUGGAAAACUACUUCAGGUAAAAAAUACUGAAAUACUUCGCCAUACGAGUCUUUGCACUUAUCAAUAAUUUCUUCGUAUGAAAUGAUAAUUGUUGAAGUCAGCUUACGAGACUAGUAGCCAAAAGAGGAAAAGCUAAUGGUUUUUUACUAGAAGCUAUGUUUAGAGUGUUGCUGUCAGUCCAAAGUAAGAUUGCCCCCCUCCCCCUGCUUCCCCGCGCUUUAUCAUUCCUAGGUGUAGAGUAAAGAAUUUUUGUCCAAGGACAUUACUCAGUGAUCCCAACCCAGGGCUCAAACCCAGAUCUCUCGGUGGUGUCACCGGCAAAGUCUGACAGAAAACUUUUUUCCAGAGGAGACCGCUUUAAAAGAAACUUCAGAUUUAUUUUUCUUCGUUGUGGUUCUUAGGUCACCUCCGUUGCUCUGGAGUUGGGGUCCCGUGAGUCUCGGUGUGCUGUACUGGUGUGGAGUGGCUGGGGAGGGGAGACUGGUAACCAAAACCUCCCUUUGUAUCAUAUGGUUUAAAAUCCGCCAGCAAGGAGGAUCAGUUUGACUGGGAUGAGUUAAAGGUCAUCUCGAAAAUUAAGUAAGUCAUGCUUGUUUUCCAUUGAAUCUUUAGCUACGGAGUGGAGUAAAUAUGAACAAUUAUUAAAAGACAUAGAGGUGAAUUGUUGUUUCAGUUUGUACCACAGAAACUGAAUAACUAGUGGUCCAAAACAUUUUUAACGUAUCUACCUCCCAGUUAGCCAAUCAGUGCGCACAAAGAACGGUAUCCACUUGAAUGGUAAUUAAACCCUAAGAGUGACCAGCAUCAAAUUUCUCCCUAAAAUAUCAGCCCUGAAUCACAUGUUAAGGUCAUGAGAAUAAAGGAAAUGAUCACCAACCAAAGAGGCUUUUGAUUGGUGAACAAAAUCUCCUUGUCAGCACCUUAGGAAAUGUAUAAAGAACAGUAUGGAGAAUAUAUAGACUGAUUUUAGAGUGUAAAGGAUUAAGAACUUAGCAAGAUGCAACUAAAAGCUUUUGUUUCUUCAUGACAAUGUACAUGUAGUGCUUUUAAAAGUGACCAAAGUCAAGACAGACGAAUUUGCACUCGUGCUACACGAGAAUGCACUCGUUUUUAGCCAAUCAGAAGCGCGUAAUUUUUGCAUGUACAUUAUUAACGUUCUAAUAUCAUGAGAAAAGAGAGACCGCUGAGCAGUACCUGUACGACAAAAGAGAACUUUAAGUUUAUCAUUAUGUCUUGUGGUGUGGUUGCGAACAUGAGAACGUUUCGUGAUGAUAAUAACCUGACAGAAACUAUUUCCUGUUAAUUCUGCAGUGGUUCAGAUGGGUGAGGAGUAUUACCACGCCAGGGAUUACAGUAAAGCUUUAUUGUGAGUAAAGCAGUAGAGAAAGUUUCAGUUUAGAAUCAGUAGUGGUCAAGUAUUGUACCACAGGCAGACCAGGCCGUUUGAAGCGUUUUUUUUUAAGAAAUUACUUUCGGCCGGAGGCCGUUAUGAGAAAGUUAUUUCGUAAAAAGGCGCCACAAAAUGAGUUGAAUUACAUUUCAUUUAACUUUAUGGAGAAAGUCAGACCGAGAUGUAAUUUAGGUAUGCAUUUUUCAGGGCUUUAUUCAUAACCCUCGUAGAUUUUUUUCGUCUCAUGUCAACAAUUAGUUAAGUAACAACAAACACAGUGUGGUCUGAUUGUGAUUGCACGGCCGCUCCUUUGAUUGAUGUUUAAAAUCUAGCUUUUCGUUGUGUUUUUCACGUUACCAUGUUCCUACCAAUAGCUUAGCUCCAAUUUUCUUUAUAUAAACCACACACGACUCUCAAUUCCUCCAUUCGCUCUAACGAAGGGCUAACGCUCGUAACGUCAGCGUUAGAAACACUAUUAACGGUGGCCAAUUUUCUUUAUCACCUCAACUAACUUUACCGACCUCCGCCGAAGCAGCACCAAAGUGUCUUCAUAAACUUACUCCAUUUAUUGUUGUCAUUCUUUGUUGUUCUUUAAGGUUGUUGGGAAAAGUCACGUGGGAUUACCGCACAGAAAAAUGGUGGUCACUUCUCACGUCAGUUUUAAUCACAUCACUGAGGUACUGUUGUUUUGUAGUAAGUGAGAGAAGAUUUGUACUCUCCAGCUCUUGUUUCUGAGAACUCAACAUGUAAGCAUUUUCAGUUGAAAUAAUCUGAGUUUACUUUAGUUUUGCAUUACCUUGCUCUUAAAUUGGUCUUGAAAACACGCGCUACCCUCUCAACCAAUCAGAAGUAAAAUUGAAGCCAAUGGCGCCUUGGUUACGCGCGUUUUCCUGCACUUCAGGCAGGUUACUUGUUUUUUCUCUAAGUUACCCCUUGUGGUAUUUACCAUCACUGUGAUUGGUUGUUGGGUUUACCUUGGUUGUGGUUGGCAACACGUUAUUGAAAAGCCCUUAAGCGCGAGAAUCAGGGAUAGUAUGUCGAUGUUGGUGGAAGUUUGGCUCAUUUACAAUGCGGACACAACCAACUCGGACAGACAGAAUAAUUCCACGUCUGUUCAGUUGGACUGCUACAAUGCCAAAAAUCAAAGUUGGUCUUCUUUUUCCAUGUCAAAUUAUUGUCAAGGGGUUGUUUAUGAAUAGCAACUUUGGGGGUAGAACAUUCAAAACAGCUUUUCUCAACUUCAAAUUUAGAUUUAUUUAUUUUUACAUCCAUUGUCUACUUAACUCUUAUGACAGGUGUGCAUACUUGGUUGGCAAUGUGGAGGAAUAUAUCACCCUUUCGCUUGAAUUGACAGGAAGAUGUAUCCUUGAAAAUAUUGCCUAUCAUCUGAAUAACUGAAUGUAGCAUUUUUUUUUUGAUGAAAAGAUUCUCUUAGUUAGAGUUAUUUUCAAUGCAAAGUGAUCUGGGAUUGCAUUGGUUUAACUUAGCUUCGUAAUGUGAUUGGUCAAGAAAACUCGGGCCACUUUCUCCACCAAUCAGAUGCAAAACUAAAACCAACCACGACUUGGUCACCCGCUUUUUCCCGCGCUUCAGGCAGGGUGCCUGUUUAUGCUUUGAGUUCUUAUUGAUUCUUCAUGCUAGUCACUCUUAGGGGUUAAAGGGUUAAAGUGAUUUCCAAGUCAGGUGGAAAGGCUGAAAAGCGCCUUCAAAACGCAAGGUACUCUACGGUAACCAACUAGUAAGGUUGCAAAAUUUGGGAAUUUUAGAAUAAUAUCAAUUGACUAUUGUAGUCGUAUUAAGCUGAACAGAUUUUCUCUAAGUCAAAUCCAUCGCGUUGUAAAAGUGAAACAUCAUACCCAAUAUGUGAUAUUGUAUUGGUGAUAGAGUCCUUGAUUCAAGAAAACAUCAGAUGUUGAAAAUUCACCUGAAGAGAAAACAAGAUGUCAAACUAAUCUUACUCACGUCAUGUCGGUAAGGACUUAUUUCAAAUGGUCGUUUAAAGAGGAUUUCUUGAAGAACAUUUAUUGUAGAAUGAGUUUACGCUGAGUGUCUCUGUUUUUGUCAUCUACGACCCUGACACUGGUGAUUUAAACAUAGAAAGCACGCGCGCGCCUGAACGCGAGUUAAACGCGCGGGAAAGAGAGUUUCUUUCCCCGCAUGGCUGGUCUUUCGCGCGUAGAUAACUCGCGUUUUCGCCGAGCGCUUCUUACAGGACAAGCAUGUUACGAAAAACAACUGAAUUCUUAUCGCUGUAUCAUUUCUUAUUUUUCAUUGGAAUUACAAACAGAAUGAAUGUCCUGAGCCCGAGCCAGGCUGUGACUUUGAAGCAGUGGAAGAAGCUAAGGAGCUAUGGAAAACACUUAAAGUGACUCCACAGGCACCCCAAGUAUUUACCAUACAGAUGGAACAAAUAGCAUCAUUUGGUGAGAAAAUGUCAACUCUAUUGUGUAUUUUUCCUCUUUGCGCUGAUAUCAUUUCACAAUUUACAGAGGCAGAAACUGAAUUUGGCUGUAGAAACUGCUAAAUUCAAUUUCCAAAUACAGCAAACAAAGUCUUGCAGGGUAGGAAAAAACUCUUCUUUAAUACCCUUUGAAACCAAGGCUUGAUAAGGUGACAGGUAAAAUCUUUAAGCUCAAAAUAUUAAUGAGUGAAUGAAUUUAUUUUAUUUGUCUUAUGCAAAGGAGUGUGUGAUAUUUUAAUAUUUCCUGUUGUUUUCUCCAGUGGAAUGUAAGCCAAUCUUUGAUUCAGUUUCAACAACAGCAGAUUCUACCAUCCUUCUUCAAAUUUACUUAAGGUUUGUAAUGUCCUCUUAGAGUCGCUUAAUCCAAAACAGCUUUCACAUUUAACUCUAAAGAUCUAAUUAAUUCUCCAAACCAAUGACAGAUUUUUCUUUUGAUGGUGAGUCAUGAGAAUUUCGUUUUAUACGUGACAAACAGAUUCCAUGAUGCCGUGUGUCUGUUCAUUAACAGAUCACAGACGACGUCAAAAUGUUGGAAAUAACAAAAAAGUGAUACAUUUUCACGUCUGCACUGAAAUUAUUUAGCUCUGCUAUACAUGGUAACGAUUCGGUGAUUCUUUGUGAGCGUUAUGAAGUACGCGAUCUGACCCCAAACCUCUCUGGUUUUCAAAAAGUGAUGCAUUCUGAUGUCAUUUGUGAUUUAUUAUUAAACAGACGCACCGUAACAUGUCGUCGCUUUCUUGAAUAUCCCUUGAUGGAUCAUUUUCAGUUCUUGAUUCUCGUAAACUUUCUGUUUUACAUAUUAUUAAAGUAUGGAGAAUUUAAGUUCUGAUUACUCGUGGGAAGAAUAUGGUUAAGAGGAAGCUUUUAAGAGACCACAACCUUGGUUCAAAACUGUCAGUACUGAAGUUAUUUAGCUCUGUCAUGCAUGGUGACGAUUCGGUGAUUCUUCGAGAGCACUUUUUGAUUGAGUGUUGUAAAGCAACCUAAAAUAACCACAACGCUCACUCAGGACAAAAGAAAAUAUCACGAGAAGUUUAUGAAAACUCAGCGUACAAACAAACUGCCAGCGCGGGAAAAGGCGAGAGAUUGGUCGAGAUAGUGGCUCGACUUUUCAAGACCGAUCUUUGACCGUAACGAAGAAAAAGUGAUGUAGUCUCGGAUUACCAUUGACAAUCAAUUAAAAGUUGUUCUAAGUAAAGGUCUAAACACUCGUUAUUGUUGUGUGUUGUUAUAUUUCAGGGUUUCUUGCCCAUUUCCCCUCCGAUUCUCGAAGAUUGCCGUUUUCUUUAGCAAUCAGGUAAGUUAAAAUAUUCCUAUAUACGUAAGGCUAGUGUUACUUUGUUUCGCCAAAAUAUGAAAGCACAGUUUAGUCUGGCGCUUACAAUAGCAAGGUAACUACCACAGCUAACCGGAACGAAGGUCGACCAUAAAAUGCACCAAGGAGAACUAAAAUCAAACAACUGUGUACAACAGUAAGUGUAGGAAAACGUGGAUAAUAAAGGCACGAUUGGUUUGGUUUUGCAUGUGGCGUUGAGCUGAUGUCUUAUUGUCUAUGAUCUUGAAGGCGUCAAAAGUAAAAUGUAAUCAUUUGUGGUCACUUUGGAUGUGGAUCGCAAUGUUUCGACUGCAUACUGCCGGUCUUCUUCGGGCGAUGAGGUCGAUCGAGUACGCGUCACUAAUAUGCUCUUGUGCUCAGCUGUGAUUGGAAUUUCACGGUUGUGAUUGAAUGCUUGGAACAUGCUAAUUUCGUGUCUGCUUGCCUGUAAUCAUGCCAUGACACUCUGGAUGCUAAUUUGGUUGCAUUUUCUACUGGCCUGACUCAAUUUUCUUUUAUCUUUUAUCUUAGUUUUAUAACCAACAGUGUGUUGUGGAGACUGGGUCCGCUCAAGGGGAGGGUGGAUUGUAUCUUCUUCCAGCAAAGACCAAAGUCAUACCGUUUCAAUUAGUGCCCCAGCCUGAGGAUGUUGGAAAACUACUUCAGGUAAAAAAAUACUGAAAUACUUCGCCAUACGAGUCUUUGCACGUAUCAAUAAUUUAUUCGUAUGAAAUGAUAAUUGUUGAAGUCAGCUGACGAGACUAGUAGCCAAAAGAGGAAAAGCUAAUGGUCUUUUACUAGAAACUAUGUUUAGAGUGUUGCUGUCAGUCCAAAGUAAGAUUGCCCCCCUCCCCCUGCUUCCCCACGCUUUAUCAUUCCUAGGUGUAGAGUAAAGAAUUUUUGUCCAAGAACAUUACUCAGUGAUCCCAACCCAGGGCUCAAACCCAGAUUUCUCGGUGGUGUCACCGGCAAAGUUUGACAGAAAACUUUUUUCCAGAGGAGACCGCUUUAAAAGAAACUUCAGAUUUAUUUUUCUUCGUUGUGGUUCUUAGGUCACCUCCGUUGCUCAGGAGUUGGGGUCCCGUGAGUCUCGGUGUGCUGUACUGGUGUGGAGUGGCUGGGGAGGGGAGACUGGUAACCAAAACCUCCCUUUUGUAUCAUAUGGAUUUAAAAUCCACCAGCAAGGAGGAUCAGUUUGACUGGGAUGAGUUAAAGGUCAUCUCGAAAAUUAAGUAAGUCAUGCUUGUUUUCCAUUGAAUCUUUAGCUACGGAGUGGAGUAUAUAUUAACAAUUAUUAACAGACGUAGAGGUGAAUUGUUGUUUCAGUUUGUACCACACAAACUGAAUAACUAGUGAUCCAAAACAUUUUUAACGUAUCUACCUCCCAGUUAGCCAAUCAGCGCGCGCGUAUCCACUUGAAUGGUAAUUGCUUACAGGUUUGAAUCACAUGGCACUGAGAUUUCUUCGGGAAGUAAUUAGUCAAAUGAAUAAUUACGACCCCAGAAAGCUGGAAUUUAUUGUUGAUAUCUGUUCCCUUCGCGAACUCUUUACGCCAGAAUUGUACCGCGCAAGCCAAGAGUUAAUAUCACACUGAAGCACGAAGCACGAACCACCCGCCCUCGUAAACGAGCUUUAUAAACUUCAGCUGGUUGUUGAGAGUUUGGAAGAUACACCGCUGAAAGACCUCAGGUAUGCCUUUUUAGUGUGUUUUUAUCUAAGUGUUAAAAAAGAACGUGAACCAGUUCUCUCCUCUCCUACCGUCAUUUGAAAGUAAUGCAACAUGUCUUUGCCUUUCUCACAUUUUCGCGCUUUUGUCGGUCUUCGUGAACCUAACUCCUCUUUCAAGCGUUACAAUAACAAUUAAUGCCUUUUUUUAGAGUAUGGCUUGGAUUUCAGGACGAGCAGGAAUCUCCCGAAAGAGGUGAGUGUUUUAAAACAACAACGUCUUCCCAAAUGUUAUAUUGUCAUAUGUCAAUAAAGAUAUUCAAUCUGAGAGAGCCUGGGUAUUUUCCUAUGUCGGAAGAUUAGAGCGUUAAAGCACUUUUUGAUUUAGCGUUGUUAACCAAAACCACAGGAAUCACAACAGCCAAUCGGAAGAAAGGAAAAUAACUUUAAGAGCCAAUUAGAGUUCAAGGUAAAACCGAAGUUUUACAUCUGAUUGGUGGAGAGAGAGGCGCUAGUUUUCUAGACCAAUCACACAGCGAAGUUAAGCGAAAUCAAUGAAAUCUUUGUUUACUUUUAACACUCAAUUGAAAACUGCUCCAAAUUGCAUUCAUAAUUUAACCGAUUAAAAUUUAAUUUUUGUUGAUGUGUUUUCGUUCAAAAUGUCAAGUUUCUGUUAAUUGUAUUUCCAGGCGCUUUGAUAUACUCAGAAGUACCCGCAGCAGAUAAGACUGAGAGAGAUGCAACGAACUUUUUGGAAUUUACUGUGGAUGGAAUGACUGAUAAG